UUUAGUUUCAGUGACCCAUAGUACAUUACGAUACAAGUGUCGUAUGAGGCACAUUCGGGCACGGCGAGGGUGCUUACGCCUUGCUGGAAAGUGAAUAUACGACUCGAGUAUUGUACAAUAUUUUAUAGCACCGCUUGAUUAAAUCCGCCAAGUCACGCAAAUCCGUGGCGUAAGAAGCCCUUUCUGGCAGCGUGAGGUUAGCGCACCGGUGUAGCUCUAGGUUAUACAUAAUACGGAAAUCAUCCUAUAGUUGAGGCUUGGAAUGUGUCGCAAAUGUAAACAGUCGAGAAUCACAGCCAAGCUCAUGAAUGGACGCUGCAAGUGCGUGUAAGAUAUACUUACUCUUGAUUGUUGCAGUGAAGGAUAAAGAGAGUUGCAGUGCAUGUAUGCUUUACGGUGCGUGUUACGCUUUAAGUGUCGGCGAGAGUUAUUCGUCUAUUCCAUGGAUCUUUAUUGUGUGACAAUAGUACAAUAUCGUUUUUUUUAAUUUUUUGGCGAAUUGUUUGGGAAAAGGAAAUUGUUAAUUGCGAAGUUAAGAAUUGUAAGAAGAGAAAAAUGGAAGAUGAUGAUAUGAAAUGUGAAAUUUGUAAUAAGAUUUUUCAAAACAAGCAUGAUUUGGUGACUCAUAUAAACAGCUUUGCUCAUCAACAAAAAGAGAGGAGUCAGAGGGCUGUUUUUAUUAAUCGUGUUUCUAGUGACAUAUAUAUCAACGAAAUUAUAAAAUGUAUUUCACAAUUUGGACAGAUCAAGAAAUACAAUGUAAUAGCGAAUGAUGGUUUCAAUGAUGUAACCAUUGAAUUCCAAGACAAAAAAACUAGAGAAAUCGUAUUGUCUAAAACAAUCAAAGUAGGCAACAAAGAGUUGUGUAUUUAUUCAUUUCAGCGUUACAACAAAAAACAUGAUGAAACUCCUAGCUUAUGUUAUGAUAAAAUAAAGACAGUUUUUAAUAGUCAAUCAAGUUUUAAUGAUCAACUACAAGCGUUUAUUAAAGCUGUAGCUAUAACCAAUGAUGAUGUCAAACAACGCUAUGAACCAGUAUGUCAAACAUUAGACAUACUUUUCCAAACAACUUUAUCCAAAUUGAAGAGUCAUAUGUUUGGUUCAACGGUCAUUGGCUUAGGAUUUAAAAAUUCAGAUUUGGAUAUUUUUUUGAAUAUAGGUAUACCAGUUGUUGAAGAAAAUACCUGUGUCAGAGGUCCUCAUGUUAUUACAGUGGAUAGGCUUUUUGUAAUAAUCGAAAAAGUUCUGCGCAGCAACAUACAUCUUUUUACAAAUUUCUGUUUUAUUCGCAGAGCAAAAAUUCCAAUAAUCAAGUGUUUUUAUUUGCCAACAAAGGUGCGCUGUGAUAUUUCCUUUAAAAAUAGUCUAGCGCUGUAUAACAGCAAACUUGUACAUUAUUAUCUAUCAAGUGAUGUUCGCUUCACGCCAAUUAUGAUGUUAAUCAAGUACUGGCUUCAUGUCUAUCAUAUGAGCAAUGAUAUUGGCAUUACCAAAUAUGCAAUUACAAUCUUAUUCAUAUUUUACCUUCAACAAAUCAAGCUUGUUCCUCCUGUAAUCAAAUUACAAGAAGAAUGUUCAGUGCCAAUAUUUGUUAAGGGUUGGCAAGUAAACUUUAACAAAGACUUUCAACAAUCAGCAAGGCUUCGUGCUGAAAACAAAUAUACAAACAAGAGUAUACCCGAAAUACUUGGAGAAUUUUUUGAAUUCUAUGCAAAUUAUGACUUUGAAACUCAAGUUCUUUGCCCUAUUGAUGGUCAAUCAUACAGCAGAGAACAGUUGAAAGAAGGAAAUUGUUUGUCACCAAGCCAGAUGAGAUACAUAAACUAUCUAGAAGUGGACAAAAAUCCUCAAGUGUUACAAACUUGGAAACCAAUAUGCUUACAAGAUCCUAUUGAAUUAAAUAAUAAUAUAAUGAAAAAUGUCUGCAGUGCAAAUCUAAAAAAAUUUCAAAAUUAUUUUUCAAUUGCUGCAAAAAUAGUUCAUGACUCAUCAGAGAACGGUUAUAUAGAUUUAUUAAAAAAUUUAUUCAAUGAACAGAAUUACAUAGUAAAGUACAAUAAGAUCAAACAAGAAAGUAUUACAUUACAGAUUCAGUUUGCCGAACUUUUUGCAUCCAGAAAAAAUGGGAAUUUAAUAAAAGAUAAAUCUAAUAAUAACACAACUUGGUUCGACAUAACUUCAAAUGUAGUCAAACAGAUUUUGGAAAAAGUACUAAAUCUUAAAGUCAAUGAAACUAAAACAAAUCCAGAAGUUGAAAAUGUAACAGUGUUACAUUGCAAAGGGAAUCAAUGUUUAUGGUUUAAUCGAAAAAAUUAUAAAGUAAAUCGUCACAUUCCGAAUGCACUUGAGAAAGAGAUACUUAUAACCAAGAUGUUAAUCGAUGAUAUGGAGAAGAAAAAAGACUUGUCUCUUGUAUCAGAUAUAAUUAUGGACGUGAAAUGUCACAUUACGAGAAAAGCAACGCCGAACGAUUGUGUAGUCAUAACAGUCUUCGACAACGGAUGUUCAGGCAAAAUAUUCAAUAAAUUUGUAAACUACUUUUUAGUCAAAACUCAAUCGAUUUUAAAGCAAGUUUUCGAGUACAUACAUAAAAAUCCAAACCCUUAAAUAUUUAUAUUUGUUCAAAGUUAACACAAGAGCCUUCAGUAGCAAUAAAUAGUAUACUUGAUUAAAAUCA